UCCACUCACUCCCCCAACUGGAUGGAUGGAUGUGGUAGUAUAGGUAUGCCAACACUCUUUUAUUUAGACCGCUCGACCGAAUCAGUCAAUCAAUCAAUCAUAAUCAUUCCACCAUCGACAUCGACAUGCUGCUCCAUAAACAUUUCAAUGUCUUGUCCUGUUUUCCCAGAGAAAACUUUAAGUUCGCAUCACGGAAAUGAAAUGAACUCGGAAAAAAGCACUCAUUUAUUAUUUGAGGGAAUAGUAGAAGUUGACGUGGCGGAAAUGCCUCACCAUUUCGACGUGCCGUCCGACAGAGGAUUGUGUCGGAGUGAUUUGCAUAAAAUGUGCUAAGCCUCGCGAGAAUGCCUUACUUAUUUGUCGACAAUUAUUAAAGUGGACCUCAACAGACCCCAAGAAAUAGUUCUUCGGAUCCGACACUUGACCAGCGCACGAUGCGAGGGCCAACUGCUGCUCAAACUCCACCUGAAAUGUAUGCAAAAUGGCGCAUUAGCAUUUCAACAAUUCACAAACGAAAAACAACCGAAAGGAACCCAACCCCCCACAAAGAACAACAAAAAUUGAUUGUACCGUGCCAUCUCUCCCACCCCACCCAACCCAAGGCUUGGGCUCGGGCCAGAACACGUCCUGCUAUGCCUAUAAUUUCGUUAUUUCUGACCAGUUGAGUGUUGUCCGUCGUCGCGGAAGGUUCAAGCCGGUUGUAACUCGGAAGUUUUUUGUUUUAGUGUCGACCCCCAACCGAUUCGUCCGUUCACCGGUUCAGUUUUUUCUUCCGUUUUUAAACUUUUUGACGGUAAAGUUUCUUUGGUUUUCGGGUGCAGUGACACAGCAAAGAACACAGCGGAUAUAACGAAACAAAACUAUUUGUAAGUGCGCCAUUUUGCAGAGGUGCUUCAGAAGUUGUUAUCAAAUGUUUUCUUUAUAUAAUCGAUCUUUGAGUUCUGCAAUACGAGAGCAUGCUUCAGGAAUGGGGGAAGGGGACUCUGCAGGAACCGCAUUUAAUUGACCUACUUGGGGGUUGCCUUAUCCUCGAAUCGCAUUUGCUUUCAGCUCAACUGUAAAAUAUUACAUUAUUUCAUGUCAGAUAUUGGGGACAGCACCCCCUUCCCAGUCUCGUAGCCAGCCACUGGCCAUUUUGUUGUGUGCCGAAUGUGUGAGAUAUGCGAAUACUUUUCGGCCUGACUGUGUACAAACAAUGCGGACAAGUUGGCCCACUUAUUGGCCAAGUUCUUGAGACUUUAUCACGCACAGCAUUUCCCUACACACCACACGUUUUCAUGUUUUACCCCAAAACCUAAUGAAGGUUAAAGUUUUCGCACUUGCAUGACGUCAUUUAAGCUGGAAAUGCAACAGCCAGGGGGCUGGUCACUUUACCUGAUGAGGUGCCUAAAAAUAGCCAUGGUGGGAGGUACCCAGUGAAAUGGCUUUCGGGUAAUUAAGUCAAUCCUGGCCAUCAAUCACAAGCCUGCUAUGUAUACGCAACGUUCCCCCGAGGGUAAUUACAGUCUAAGCCUUUGGGCAACUUUGGUUAAACCGUGAUUAGUCUUGGUUCUUAUACGAGGUAGAAGCAGAGGAGCAUUCGGGGAGAGCAUAGCACUAUUUCGAAGCCUAAAACAACGGCUCCAGCGAUUUGUUAACGUUUGUUGUUCUGUCUACAAUGUUUGUUUGGCUUGGAAUCAUGUCUGUUGGGUCUGUAAAUCCAGGAAGACACUGAAACUCAUUUGACUAGGUUCUUAUAGGUAUUUUACUUUUCCGUAUUAAUAUAGAUGUUUUCCAUUGAUUUGUUAUUCUGAUGCCUAUCUGAAGCUUGCCUUGGAAACAUAUUUCUUGGAUCAGUUAUUCAAUAGUUACAGUCGAAACAUUCCAUUAAUCUGAUUAGACUUGGUUCUUAUAGGUCCUACACUUAUACAUACAUAUAUGUAUGUACAAAAAUAACAGUUUCUAUGAAUUGGUUGCGGCAAUCUCUCGUUUCUAUCGUAAAAAGCCUCCAUUUUAUAGCCGUAUUUCUUAGAAACCUCUAGAGACAUUUAAUCGAAGCACUGAAUUACUUUCAUUGUACUAGUUUUGUAUAAGUUCCCAACAUGUUUAGAGAAAUAUGAAGGGAUUCCCACUGUUCUUUAUUUAGCAUAAUUGGGGUCCAGAUGGGAUUUUAGAUUAAAAAAGUAUUGAUAAUUUUUAUUUAAUGGGUUAUUAUAGGUACUGAUCCUUGCUGAGACAAUAUUUCAAUUAAUUUUCAACGUUUCAGUACCCCUUUUUCCAAUAGGAUCUCUAUCUAAAACCCGUAUUUACCUUGAAAACCUUUGUCUGUCUGUCAGUCAGUCUGGGGUCCCUUAUUUUCCAAAAGGCUUUUCAUUGUUUGGCUCAUUAGGAGGCCUGUCAAAAUCAUUAACCAUAAAGAGUAUUUGCCACAUGUUAUUACUUAUCUACGAUUGAUGCGUUGGAACUGUGCCUCGCCACAAAAAGACGGGAAUUCCCCCCUGCGGUAGGACUCUGAACCCAGUUGAACAGUGGUUCCCCCUCAUAAAAGGCACUCAAAUCCCCACUCCUCCUCUGCUCCAAUUCCCACUCCCGAUGUCCACUAAUGAGCUCCACUAUGGUUGAAAAAAAAGAAAACUAAAACGGGGGCAGAAUGUGGUAUACAAAUAUUACCACCUCAUUGUCGGGGAUCGGGGGUUCAGUAGCCCACAGAGAGAGGCAAAUCAAAACGCGCCAUACCAAAACAUUAAAAACAUUAGCCACAAACGAAGACAAAGCAAACCACGCAGCCCACUAUCCAACCACUCAACCUCCAAUCGCAUUCCAAGCGUUUUGCCUCCACAUAGAAGACCGCCAGGAGUCCGCCUGUCCACCGGCUGUCGUGUCUGCUGGCAAUUUACACAAAUUCAAUAAACGACAAAAGCCAGUCAUGUACGUGGAAUAUGAAACGAGAACUGGGAAAGGUGUUGAGGUCUCUCCACUCGCGGUUUGCUUUGGACUCUUUUCGGGGGCUGGGAAGGAUUUUGUGUGGGAUUGGGUUGGCGCUCAUUAAAGUAUUUGAAUCGAUUUUAUGUAGUAUUAUCAAAUUAGUUGUGGCGAAGUCCCUCAUCGUUUGACGUUCUCUAUUGGUCGGAGCACUCCCUGAAGAGUGUCCCCUACUCGAGCCCCAGCCAUGCCCAUGUCCCUUUGUUGACACUCGAGGCCUGUAAUUUGUGUACAUAUUUGAGGAGAAAGUGACGCGCCGCGGAUGCUUUCUGGGCUGUUACAUGACAUAUUCAUAUUACUGCCAACCACCGGACAUGGCAUUAAAGUUAAUAAUGUAUUUCACUUGACACCACACAAUUUCGAUGGUCACACACGUUUUAUAAUUAAGCAGCUUUCAACUAAAUUAAAUAGUUAUGGGAUGGGAUGGGCUGAAGCGACAGUUGGUUGAGGGUCAGAGGUUAGCACGUAACCUGAAUUGAUAGGUAAAUGGGUUUUGCAACAGCCAAUCUAGUGGAUAAAUUGAUGGAAGAACUGUAGUCGGAAAGUAGAUUCUAGAUCACAAGGGAUUCCAUCUUUCAUUGAGUACAGUCGCCACAAGAAGACUCCGGAUGGUUCCUGAACUAUGUGAAUAUGUGGGUAUUCAAAAAGAUUCGGAUGGCCCAGAAUCAUUGAGUACAUAAUCAACGAUGAACAUGAAUCGGAUAAUUUUGAGUGUCACAAAUCGUUCGCGAUAUUCGGGGAAGAGGAAAGUCUAACAGGGACUUGAAAGAAGUGUAAUCUGUCAGAACCUAUAUAUUAGAACCUAAUAGUCGACUCACCCUUUUAAGUUCAUUGAAACCUCUUUGGUCCUUUCUUGUCCCUGAGUACAGUACCUUGAUAGCUCGUUGCCUUGAAACUAACAUGAUAUAUUUGGGUGCGAAAAACCCUAACCUAUAUUCGGAAACUCAUGGUGGGGUUUCAAAACAACCUUCCAGAAGCUAUUACUCCCCUAAAGUCUUCAAGGUGUUUAUAGACCCUUGGGAUAGGUUCAUGGAACUUUCCGCAGCUCAUUGAGUACCAGUACACAGUAAAGUAUCCAUUCGAUGACCUGACAUCGAACUCUUGUUCCCGCUCCCGGGAAAAACCUUCAAUGAUUUGCAUGCCAAGACACGCAGAGACUUUGGGGGUGUUCAAGUUCACGGCUUGAUUUAUGGCUCACGCCAACUGCUCCAGAGGUAAGCAGGACCCUUAAGGACUCUUAGGUGACCCAGCCCUUUACUUCAAACUCAUUCGGGACAGGACCUUGGCGCGCAAAUUUACAAAUCCAUUAGGACAGCGCGCCAGCGAGGGAGUUGCCGGGCUGAUGACAUUUUUACGAUUGUUGACAACAAAUUGACACAAUUUGUAAUGGUUUUGUUGGUUCCCAUCCCCGGCAGCCGGCAGGUCAUCAGCCAGGCCAGGCGGCACGUGUCCAUCAAAGGACAUUCGACCACUGACCACCAUCAAUUGGACAUGGCAGCCAGUGCGGGAGCUGGCAGUUGGUCGGGCAGUAGUGGAGGAAGCACAUCCUCCCAAGGUCGAGCCAUUGCAACGGCGCAAACCACGCAGGAUGAGCGUCUAGUGGUGGCUGUUCGAGUACGUCCCAGUUUGGAGGCCGCUGAGCGCUGCAUCGACGUGAUCUCCGGUGGAUCGCUGCUGUACGAUGAUGGCAGCAAGAAUCGUCCGCGGCAAUACUCCUACGACCAUGUGUUCCGGGAGAACGAUACACAGGAGCAGGUGUACAAGACGACCACGGCGCCGCUGGUGCGGGAUGUGCUCAGCGGCUUCAAUGCGGCCGUGUUCGCCUACGGAGCCACCGGAUCCGGAAAGACGCACACCAUGCUCGGCCCUGUGCCGCGCAAGAAGCCAGCGACGAGUGAUCGUGCCCCGCCCACUGCUGCCUCCGGGUGCGAGACGGAUGUAAGCAGCCAGGACAUCGGGCUGAUGGUGCGCGCUAUCGAGGACAUCUUUGCGCACAUCGAGUCCGUGGAGGAGGAGGGAGCUUGCAAGGUCUCCAUCUCGUAUCUAGAGAUCUACAACGAGCUCAUCCGCGAUCUGCUCAAUCCGGGAGGACCGCUGGAGCUGCGCGAAGAUAAUCGCGGACAGCGGAUCACGGUGGCCGGUCUAUCGGAGAUCACCACGUCCAGCCGCAAGGAGGUGGUGGGCCUUCUGAUGAAGGGUAACAAGGCCCGGACCAUGGAGCCAACGGCCGCCAACCAGACCUCCUCCCGCAGCCACGCCCUGCUCAGUAUCACGGUGCAGACGCGCACUCCGCUGGGCACCAAGCAGGGGCGUCUCUUCCUCACCGAUCUGGCUGGCUCAGAGCGAGCCAAGAAGACCAAGAACCGGGGCAAGCGACUCCAGGAGGGGGCCCACAUCAACCGCAGCCUCCUGGCGCUGGGGAACUGCAUCAACGCCCUGUCCGGUGGGGCCCGCUACGUCAACUAUCGCGACUCCAAGCUGACACGCCUGCUCAAGGAGGCCCUGAGUGGCCGCUGCAAGACAGUCAUGAUCGCCCACGUGGCGCCCGAGAGCAAGCACCGCGACGAGACGAAGAACACCCUCGUGUAUGCGGAUCGCGCCAACAGCAUUACCACCAAGCUGCAGAACUCUGUGUACAUUGACGAGUUCAAGGACUUCCCCACCAAGCACUACCAGAGCCUGGUCUCAGAGCUCCGCGACGAAGUCUCCCGCCUGCGCACCAAAAUGCUCACCGAUAGGCCUCGCAGCGGAAAAGCCGCGGCUGCAAUGGCAACAACAACGGCAACGGCGAUGGCGACGACAGCCAGCAUCCAGCAACCGCCAGUCGAGGUCGAGGAGCCGGACGAUCAAAGGAAGACGGAGCUGCGGUACUUGCGGGAGCAGAUUGUGCUUACCUUUAAGCAGCAAAUGAAGCUACGCCGCAAGCUCCUCGAGGCCGAGAGCCACCUCCUGGGCCUAGAGCUGGAUGCCGAGCGCCAGCACAUGAUCAUCUCCCACUGGCAGGGACGCAUUGGCAAGCUCUACGAUGCAAUGGGCGAGGAUGUCGAAUCCGAGGGUUCGGUGGCCCUGAAGAAUGCCUGGGGCGAGCUGGCGGCCAUUGAGAAGGAGAACAGACGCUACAAGGAGAUACGCGAGCGCACCGAGCAGGAACUGGAGCAGUGUCGCCAAAAGGGCGUCAAGCUGGAGGACGAGCUGCCGGAACGCAUCAGCAGCGACGAGGAGCGGGAACUGCUGGCCCUGCUCUGUCGCGUUCACGAGCUGGAGGCGGACAAGGUGUCCCUGCAGGCGGAGAGACUGGCCCGCCAGGCGGAGCUGCGACGACGUGACCUUCAGCUGCUCCGGGCCGAGAGGCAGCGGCGCCUGUGCGAGGACAUCAUCAGUUCACAGAGGCGGCUCAUCGAGGAGGGAAACGUGGACCUGCCGGACGAGCUGCGAGAGCUCUACGGCCUCUAUCAGCAGGAAAUCCAUGCGGGCGUCGUCACGCCUAGCACCAGCAGCUACGAGAAGAAGCUGCCGCCCAUCUACACAGCGGGAUCCGAUUCUCCAGGCUCCAGCUCUAGCUCGGAGUGGUCUCCUGCCUCUCCUUUGCCGCCCAUUGAGGUUCAAGCGGAUCCUGUCGAUCGCGUGAUGGGCCCACCUGUAAAUCCACGUCUGCCCCGACUCGCCACUGGAACUGCAGGCGGCCCCCGACGUUCAUCUCUGCGUAUGGCCAGGAAUACACAUACGCGGCCGCAUCCGUAGGAACGAUGCCAGCCACUGGAACUGGAGGUGCUCAGGAAUAGUUGUUACUAAGGGUUAGGAUUACACGCGGGUCUCUUUGAAGACGAUUUGCUUAAAAGCUCUACCUACUUAUUGUAUUAUAUAUUACCAUCUUAUAAAAGUAUCUUUGAUUAUAUGAAUAAACGAAUGGAUAGCUUAAAGACUAGCAAAGAAAUAAUAAG